CCCACAAUCAAAAUCGAAUCAAAAACCAAAACCACCUUCGUCCCCCCCACGCUCGCCGACAUUCUGAGCUCGCAACUUCCCCCCCUCCAAUGGCGUCCUCCACCAACGCCAACUCCGCCACCCUCCCCACCACCCACACCGCCUCCGGGACCUCCUCCUACCACAAGCCACCACCCGCCGACCUCAGUUACCAAAAGCGCCGCCACCGCCAGCGCCGCAUCUGCUACGGCUGCCUCCUGGCGACCCUAAUCCUCCUCGCCGUCCUCAUCCUCGUCCUCUUCCUCACCGUCCUCCGCAUCCGGGACCCGACCACCCGCCUCGUCUCCACCCGGCUCGCCGGCGUCGCCCCGCGGCUCAACUUCCCGGCGCUCUCCCUGCAGCUCAACGUGACGCUCCUGCUGUCCCUCUCCGUCCACAACCCCAACGCGGCCUCCUUCGCCUUCCCCGGCGGCGGGCACGCCGACCUCACCUACCGCGGGGCACACGUCGGGGACGCCCGGAUCGACCCGGGCAGCGUACCCAGCAGAGGGGACGGGGACAUCACCAUGGCGCUCACGCUCCAGGCCGACCGCUUCGUCUCCGGCGGCGGGAUGGCGCGGCUCGUGGCGGACGUCGAGGCCGGCAGCCUUCCGCUCGAGGCCAGCACCAGGAUUCCCGGCAAGGUCAACGUGUUUGGAAUCUUCAAGCGCAAAGCCGUGGCGUAUUCUGAUUGUAGCUUCGUGUUCGGGGUCGCCGAGCUCGCCGUCCGCAGCCAGGAGUGCCGCGACCACACCAAGCUCUGAUGAUAUGUCCGUGUGUGAGUUCGUCGGAAGCCCGUCUCUGCCGCCGCGUUCGUCGCCGGAGACGGAGGCGAAGCGGGGUCGAUUCGCACUCUCUUUUACUCUUUUCCUUUUCCUCCUGCCCGUCCUUGUCACGGGGGAGAAAGAAAAGAGAUCCAUCAGGGAGACGAUUUUUCUGGAGAUUCUGAUAAUCUGGCCAUCAAUUCUAUAGUAAAUUAGUAGUAAAUCAUACAUAUUAUAGUAGAGUAAUCCAUACUACUAGUUGCUAAGAUGGUAUUUCUGGGGGUUCCAUCGUACGUAUAUGGUUUCGAUUGGUUGUUGAUCAUUCAUUGUACAGCACUACAGAGACAGGAAUGGACCUGUAUACUUGUACGUAUGGGUUUCUUGCUUGCUCACAGCAUCAUCAUGCUCAUGCUUGCGCAUCACUGCUUCUGUUUCGCUUCUUUAUUUCUUCUUCACGAAUCCAAAGCGCCAAAGCUGAUGUUAUUUUUA